UUGAGUCUGAGAGCUCCCAUUUAAAGAUGGUUUGACUGAGGAAAGUACCCACGAUGAACGAGAGGGUCUGCUGCAUUACUGAAGGGAACCAAGCAGGAGGGAAGUGAUGCUUGUUUACUACUUGUCGGAACUUUCAGGACGACACUCGCCAGAGCUUCACAACUAGCAUGCCAACAAACCACUUCACAGUGCCUUGGUAAAGCGUUGUCAUAUCUGUCCAAGCAUCAUGUGAAUCAUGUGAUGCAGCUUUCAGUGGGACACUAAUGUAGAGGCGACGCCUCCUCAGAUGCAGGAACAUGUUGGCGAUGGACCAAGGAGUGGUGGAGGAAUGGCUGUCAGAAUAUAAGACCCUGCCUGACAGCGCCGUGUCAGCCUAUGCUGCAUUGCUUAAAGACAAAGGUGCCCUUGUGCCCGCACUCUACAAAGUCAUCCGGGAGAAUUACAGUGAGCUGCUGGAGCCGGUGUGUCACCAGUUAUUUGAGUUUUACCGGAGCGGUGAGCCGCAGCUGCAGCGAUUCACUCUUCAGUUCCUUCCAGAGCUCCUGUGGAGCCUUCUGUCUGUCAGCGCAGCCAGGGACCCGCACACCUCGGGUUGCAUCGAGGCCCUGCUGCUGGGCAUUUACAACUUGGAAAUAGUUGAUAAAGAUGGGCAGAGUAAAGUAUUAUCUUUCACCGUUCCUUCCCUCUCCAAACCCUCGGUCUAUCACGAGCCCUCGGCCAUCGGCUCCAUGGCCCUGACGGAAGGGGCCCUCGCCAAUCAUGGCUUGAGCAGGGUGGUGUACAGCGGGCCACUGCUCCAGAGGGAAAACUUUACGGCACAAAACAGAUUUGAGGUGCUGACCUUCCUGUUGCUGUGCUACAACGCUGCUCUCAGCUACAUGAGCUCCACUUCCCUCCAGUCGCUCUGCCAGAUCAGCUCCAGAGUGUGUAUAUGUGGUUACCCGCGGCAACAGAUACGGCGCUAUAAAGGUAUGAGCACACGGAUGACGGUCACGUCAGAGUUCCUGGUGCAGCUUCUCACGGGGAUACACUAUGCAUGGUGCAACGGAGAAGCGGAACUCGGAUCCAAAGCCUUGGACGAUGUCCUCUAUCGGGCCCAGCUCGAAUUGUUCCCCGAAGCCUUGUUGGUGGGUAACGCCAUCAAGUCGACGCAGCAGGGCGCGGCUCUGAAAAGCAACACCAAGGAGGGCGCGCGAAGUAUCCAGGUGGAGAUCACACCCACUGCCUCCAGGAUCUCGCGAAAUGCUGUCACUUCGCUCUCUAUACGGGGCCACCGCUGGAAACGACACGACGCAGUGGAUCUGGGUUCCCCGGAUGAGCUGAUGGAUAUCUCGGAAGCGGAUGAAGGUCUGUGGCCAGGCGGGAUGGCGCCCGACAUCACCCCGCCCACCAUUACCAUCAGCAACAGCGUCACCACGUUAAACCUCGGCGCCAAGGCCAUGAAGAUGUGUCGUCUGGGCGGGCGCGGCAGCAAGGAAAAGGAGACGAGCCCGCUUCCGGCCGGCCGGGCGGCCAGCGAGAGCGCCGAGGCGUCCGUCAAGCGCCUCACGCUCACUUCGAGCCAGUCGGUGCCCAAAGCGGGGACUCUCACCAGCUUGACGCGCACCGCCAGCGCCGUGUUCUCUCGCUCUUUUGAGCAGGUCGCCGCCGGUAGCGCCCCGCCCUCCAGUACCCACGCCGCCCCAGAGGCUGGCCAUUAUUCAUGUAGCCUGCAGGAGGAAGGGACGGGCUAUCUAAACCACACGCAGCGUUCGCCGAGCAUCAGCGUGCACCUCGGCUCGGACCUUUGAAAUUGUUUUGUUUUUUUUCUAUGACGAACUUUCGGAUCUGAUCCUGUGAUUCUUCACCAGUAACCUGGAACUGUAAGCCAUGCCAAACACAAGGGACCACAAACAUUUUGUUUUUGUCUCUCUGAUGUUCUACUGUGGCGUUCUUUUUGGGCGAGUAGUCGAAAGUCACCUGCCGACAAUGGGGACAUUUGAAGCUCGUCACUCAACUCCGUGUGCAAAAGUAUUUUGGGAAAUGAUUUUUAUUUGGGCAUGUGUUGCCUUCGCAUGCAUUUUCCAUGCAUUCACCUUUACCUUCCCCACCAGUUUAUGGGGGUAUACAUAUUGUGCGUGUGGUUGGGCGAGUGUUGUGUGCUGUCUGUCAUUUUGAAUUUUUUUUUUUUUUUUUUAAGUGGAAAAGCUGCUGAUCGAAUGAAGUUGUAAAUACUUUCCCAGUUCAAAAAUACAAUGUUUCUAUUGCUUUUUAAAGAUUGCUCCUUCCCCAUAAUAAUGCAAACCUUACCUUCACUCUCUGGACAAAUAGAUUGAAACCUAAAAGUUGUGGUCUGUUUACACUUUAGUCCAGCAACUGAUGUGCUUGUUUAGAAAAUCCACAUUCUUCCAUCACAAGUUUGGGGCGGGGGACCAUUCAUAAGUGAUGCGUCACAUGAACCCAUUCUUGACAUAUACAAUCAGUAAUUUUGGUGUGAUGAGCAAUAACAAAGUUAGCACCCUCACUUCCCAAGAAAAUGAAAGAGAAUAAACUUCUAAAUAAUAAACAAAUGUUUUGACUUGGGUGAGAGGGCUAUGGAGUAUUACGUUUUGCACUUGUGAAGCUAAUUAUAUAUAUUUGUAAGUGAGUAUUUCUCACCGUUACCAAUCCAAAUAUAAGAUGUAUUUGUAAGAAAAAUUGUGGAUUCUUUUUAAUAUCUCAUCUCGCCAACUAUGACAAGUAUUUUGUAGUAAUUUCAGCAAUCUUGUUUCCUGUGUCCCAAGUCAACCCAUCCGCAUCGCAUCAUCCUACGAACACUAACGUCACCUCCUUCGCCAGUAUAAACCGUCGUCUGUGUGCUAUUAACGGUUUGAUACACAUCAUUUGGAUGGACAAUCGGUGUGUUUCACUUUGUCAGUUUACAAAUUGUGACUGGUUCUGCUUUUGCUGUACAUCAUUCUGUUGAUGUUUUUUAUUGGUCAUUUUAUAUGUCUGAGAUGUGCAGCUCAAUGCUUCUGGAAAUAAAGUGUUUUGUGUUUUUUUUUUUUAACUCAAAUUUGUUUUUGCUGACUGGAAAGUGUUUGAGAUUGGCUGCUGACAUUCCAGGGUGUACAGUAUUAUUAAAUUGGGCUCUGAUAAUGCA